AUGGCGUCAAUAAUGGCUAUCUACCCUGAUAUCGUCUACGAAAUCCUCAACUACCUCGACCGCAAAGAUAUCUUUUCCCUCCUCCAAACUUGUAAACAUUUUUAUCUGCCUUGUUACCAUUACCUCUGGAAGGUCUUGGUUUUUAACAACGACUAUAACCCCGGCAACUGGUAUCCCGGUUAUGAAAUAUGUGUCAGUAAAAUCGUACUUCGAAACCUUUUGAAGCUCAUCCGUGAGGGGAAUCCCUUGGGCUUUCAGCAUACGAGGGUACUAUGGCUAGGACGCCCCAUAUUCAAUAAACAGUUAAGAUCUAUUUCAUGGGAUCUCAGAAGAUAUUUGAAAAAGUUGUUGGAGAAUGGAGAACUUGACUUGAGGGAGGCAAUUGUCUGUUACUCGAAUGAAGCCCUGGCCGCAAGUGAGGACCCACAAAGGGCACGAGAUGGUGACUGCAUGGUACCCCUUCAUGCUCUCCACAAAUACACACAAUCAAAAUCGAUCCACGACUUUUCCUUGAGAGUUGAAGCUUCGACCAUCAAAUCCUUCCUAACUUACUUCAAUCCGGAGUUAUUAACACAUUUUGAAGUUUCACUUAACUUCGACAAACCGGGGGACCCAAACUUCCCAACAACAUUCACAAGUAUUAACGGACCGAUGGAAGUUCAUAUCGUAGAGUUUAGGACUGUCAUCCGUGGGAUGGUUAACCUUGAGUGGUUCAGCUGGAAGACACUGACUCAAGCUUUCUCGCCGGAGUAUGCAACGGUACAGAAGGAAUUAGAGGAACUUCAAGCUGUAUUUUCAACUUUCAAGAAGCUACGAGAAAUGGAGCUCGAGGGAUACGUAUUUCAUCCAUCAUUCUUCUUAGUUCCGCCAGAGGGUGUGAAGAAACUCUCGAUCUCAGGCGUGAUGUCACCAGUCUGGUGGAAAGAAUUUGCGGCAGCUCCCUUAACGAAUGUCGAAGUUUUAGAUCUCAAGACUGAGUCCGGCAAUCCGAGUUCAAACCAUCCAUCCGUGCCAGGGGAACCUAGUCCCGAGAACACAGAUUUCGACUUCUUAAUCAAAGAGGUUGCCUGUCGUGGAUUGAAAAGAAUAACGAUUCGGAAUCACAUAUGGAUGCCCCACGACUUAGAAGUUUGUAUCGCACGAAGGAAUCCCGACUUGGACAGAACUUUAGUAAGAGAGGCUGCAUUACAGAAAGCAGUUGCUAUUUUGGACAAAAGCAUCUUUAUUUUACGGAGUAGAUCGAGGCGAGCCGCGUCGACUUUCCGGGGCAGAAUACCCCGAAGCAUUCUCGAAGGUUCUGGAGGCGCUAGUGAGAAUACGGUCAAAGGAGAUAUGGCGCAAGCUUUCUCCGAACUCUUCAGUACAGACAACUACGAAGGCACCUCGGUGGAAAAUAUAGGUGAUUCAAUUCGCUCCUGGGAGGAAUUUGGAGGUAUUAGGGGAGGUGAACGUGAGCAUGGAACAUUGCGCCAAUUGAGAGAUUAUCUGGAUAAUUGCAUGGGAAUGGUACUUGAUAAAUAUAUCCAUCAGUAUGGGAAUUUUCCACCGCCGGGAAGAUCACAGCUUGACUUCAUAGCCGAUUGUAUCAAAACUUUUGGAAAUAGAGAUGAGAUACAAGAGUGGGCUAAAAGAAAACAAGAAGCUACAUGGUUUUUACGGAACUGUGAGAAUAAAGUGGUGGCGGACACUGACCAACUGCUUAAACCAAUGGCUGAGGAAUUGGCGGACAGGAUUUUGGCGGGGGAAAUUCUGAAUCGAGAGCAUAUUACGGAUAAAUUGAAGGGGUUGUUGGUGGAAAGGUUCGAAGGUUUUGGGCUAGAAGGCUAUAUAAGCUAG